CCCCAUCUACUGCUAACAUCUCAGCAAUUCAGUGGCAAGCAGGGGUCAGGCCAGUCACUCAGUAGAAUGGGUGUGUGGGUGUAUGUGUGUGAAAGUAUAUAAUCACACUAAACCCAGUUGGAGUAGGGUUAGGGUUAGGAGUAGCCAGCAUAACACAUGACCAGAGUACAACAGAAACUUUCAGGGUUUAAAAGGAUCAGAAUGGAGCAGCAGUUAGAGAGGAACAAGAGAAGACUGAACUGCUCAGAUAAGGUUCUAGAGAGAGGUGUGGGCGCUGGUAGGGAGCAAGACAAGUUUCUGGUGGACAGCAUAUACAUGGGCAAAGAUCAAGUUCUUGAAAGCUUGCUAGUUCACCAUGAGGUUCUGGAGUCCUGUAAUGAAGUGGGCAAGAUUCAAGAUGAGGUUUUGGAUCGCAGUAUGGGUUUUGUCAAGGUCUAAGCUAUAAUUCUGAAGGGUGGAUUUGACAAAAACAAGUUUCAAGACAAGGGGGAUGAUGUGGAUGUGGGCAAAGUUAAAGACAAGGUCCUGCAUGGUGGCAUGGAGGUGAACAAGGUUUUAAAUUUUAGUUUGAAUAUGGACAAGGUUCAAGGCAAUCCUAUAGAGGGUGGCAUGGAAAUGGACAAAACUGAAAACAAGAUCCUGGAAGGUGGCAUGGAGGUGAACAAUUUUCAAGUCAAGUUUCUUAAGGGAGGUGCCGAAGUGGACAAUAUUUUGGGGGGAGGUUUGGACAGGGACAAGUUUCAACACAAAGUUUCAGAGGGUUGCAUGGAUGUGGCCAAGUUUCAAGACAAUGUUUUAAAAUGUAGUGUGCAUCUAAACACAGGUGAAGACAAUUUUGUAAAGGAGAAUAUUGAUGUGAAAGAGAUACAGACUCUAGAAGAGGCUUUGAAAGGCAGUGUGGAUGUAAAUAAGAACAGUGUGGAAUUGAGGAAGGCUCAUGACACAGUCCUUGAGGAAAGUGUGGCUGUGGAGGAGGUUUUAAAAACCCAAGAGUGGAUGGACACCUUGCGCUGCCAAGUGAAGAUCACUACACGGUAUAACCUGCAGCUGCGCAUGGCCAAUCACACAGGUCGGGAUGUAUAUGUCAGGCUACUUGACCAUGGGGAACGAAUUGGCGGAAGUGGUAAGGAAGCAUAUUGCUCAUUAUUCAAAUAUUUUAUAUAGGAUCCAAAAAUGGAUAUCUCAUGCAAGUUUGGAGGUUUGGACUGAUGAAUUUGAGAAGUUUCAUUGGUUUCCCUGGUGCUUAGCACAGGUUUGAUUAUUCUCUCAGGCUUUAGACUUCAUAAAUGAUAGCAAACAAGCAGAAGAAUUACGCCAAUGUCAACCUUUACUGAAAGCUGGCUGUGCAACAUCUGUUCCUUUUUUUUACUGGCCCAUGCACAUCCUUGCAGAAAGUCGCCCACACACAUUUGGUCUUUGUUGACUCUGGCUGUUGCCAUGACACCAAUCAGCGACAGACUGCUGACUCUCCUCCUCUUACUGGGGUUCAAAUAUGUGUAUGUCUCUCUUGGUUUGUGUCGCCAUGGUGACAGGUUCUCUUGUGUUCCGAUCUUGCCUUGUGUGUAAUGCAACAUUGCAAUAAGAAUGACCCCAUUUACUGGGAUUUAUAUUACAUUUGCUCUUUCAGCUCUAUAAUGCAUAAGAUGUACUAGAAUUAAGUAUGAUUUUCUAAUUAUUGCUUGAUUGUUAUUAUAUACACAAAGCAGUAUUUCUGCUAUUUUUUUAUUUUAGAUGUUUGGAUAAUUUGAGUGUGUCAAUUAGCAGUACUAUUUACGUUCUAUUUUCCACUAUAGGGUGUUAUAGACAACUAGAUUGGAGUGGUGAUGAUGUCACUGAUGACUUAGUCAGGAGACUUGUCUUAAUCCACACUGGCCAGACAGCUGGGUCUAUUUUUACACUGGAGUUACCCAAAAGUACAAGCUGAAGUACAAGCUAAAGCCCUGUUCUCUCGAACACUCACACAGUCUGCGGUUACAUCUUUUAGAUUCUCUUUCAGAUAAAAAUAAUCGGACAAAUUUUUAUAUGUACAUGUGUACACUCAGUUUACACAUAAUUACUUUUGAUAUUUGUGAUGAAUUAAUUGUUUUGUCAUGUCAUUUCAUUAUUGCUUUGCUUGACCAAGGACCCCCUUUCCUUUCUUUUGUCAGGUGCUCAUCCAUGUUCUAGUGACUACAUAGCUUAGAGUACAGAUUUGUCUCGGGUUUUGGUAGAUUGUAUAAUAAAAGAAAGCAUUCAUCCCCAUUACAGUAAAUCCUUUUGAUAUUUUUUUGUGC